AUGGCCAAGGCUACCUUUGUCGCGCCCCGUAACAACAACAACGGCGAGUCCUCGUCCUCGGGCUACAACUCGGCGUCCUCGACGGACACCAACUCGAGCGGCGGCUCGUGGUCCAGCGACACCCCAUGGUGUGACUUCGCCGGCUGCCCAUGGGAUGGUGGCCACACCAUCCCCGAUGCCACCACCGAGUUUUACAACCUGUGCGACACGCAUUAUCCCCGUUACCUCUUCGAGGGCGAGAUCCCCGACGGCCGCUAA